AUGGAGAUACUCGAAGUGGAUACCUUGGUCUGUGGAGGCGGGAUGUCUGGAAUGGCAUGCGCUGCAUUUGCAGCUGACGCAGGAGCCAAGACUCUGGUAGUUGAGAAGCAAGCCGAAGUCGGCGGAUCUUCAGCCCUUUCUGCAGGCAUGUUCUGGGCUCCUCAUACUUACGACAAGUUGCGAGCCUGGGUACCAGAGGGCGACCCAGUUCUUCAACAAGCAUGGAUGGACGAGUAUCUGUCGGCAGUGCAAUGGAUGCGAAAUAAUGGAAUCCCGACUGCGCAGCGAUUUGAUGGUAUCAUGACUAUCGGAAUUGGAUUCCCAAUCAAGAUUCCUCAGCUCCACGAGCUGCAUCGUAAGCGCAUCGAAGGGAGCAGAACUGGUUCCCGGAUCAUGACCAACACAUCUGUGGUAAAGCUCAUACAAGAGAAGCCGGGAAUACCUGGAUCGCGGGUCACGGGUGCUGUGAUUCGUCAACAUACCCCAGGAUUGGCGGAGGAAUACUACGAAGUCAAGGCAAAGGUGGUGGUUUUGGCCACUGGAGGAUUCCAAGGAUCUCCACAGAUGACAGCUACGUACUUAGGACAGGGCGGGGACAACAUCUUCGUGCGGUCCAAUCCAGGAUCUGUGGGUGAUGGCCUCAGCCUUGCCUCUCGGUCAGGUGCUGGAACUACCAGGGGUAUGAACACUUACUACGGCCAUCUAUUAGCGGCGCCUGUACGCGCACAGGAAGUCAAACCGAAGGAUUACCUCCCUCUGGCACAAUAUCAGAGCAAGUACUGUUUGUUAAUCAACGAAGCUGGCAAGCGAUUUGCUGACGAAACCACUGGCGAUGAGAUUGUGAACCAAUAUCUGGCAAAGCAAGAAAAGCGCCGAGGAUUUUUACUUUUCAAUGAGAAGACUCGUCUUCAACACACCGUCGGAGCACCGUUCCCCAAUGCAGGCUCCAUCGACCGUCUGCAGAAAGCCCGUGAUUAUGGAUGCAAUGUCGCGAGUGCACCGACGCUAGGUGGUUUGAUGGAAGUCCUCCGUCAGUGGGGAGUAGAUCCUACUCAGUCUGCUCGAACAAUCGAACAAUACGAUGAGGUUGUGCGCCUCGGAAAGACUAAUGUGGGACUCGAUGCCCCUGUCGGUCGUGGCGGCUCACCACCUGUGCCCCUAGUUGAAGGCGAAGGGCCAUUCUACGCUAUGGAAGUUCAGCCAUCAAUUACUUUCACAUAUGGUGGAAUCUUGAUCGACAAGCAUGGGCACGCCUUGACCGCUGACAAAACUGAAAUCCCUGGUCUGUUGGUUGCUGGAGUCGAUGCUGGAGGGUUCAGUAACCUUGGUUAUGCUGGUGGUCUUGCUCUUGCAUUCGUGACUGGCUUAUGGGCAGCUAGAGGGGUGGCACGCGAACUUGGAUUGGCAGAGCCUCGCCUUCCGGCUGCCAAUGCGAAGGAUGCGGCGCCUAUGAAGGGUCGUCUAUAA